AUGGCAGGAAACUAUGGCAAACAGGAAAAGCUUGAUAGUGUUUUGGUCGCUGGGGCUCUGGUGGCCAAGCUCCCGGACAGCGCCCGGACACGGAUCAGUGCCGAGACCGGCUGGCCCUCCGACCUCGUUGCUGCUGCCGGGGUGGGCGUGCGCGGCGUCAUCCCUCGCGGGACGCUCUUCGAGCGCUUCAUGACCUGCCCCUCCGAACCAACCAGGAAUGGCACCUACCAGUUCUGUGUUGUGGGCCUGGAUGUCUCCACGCCGGGCCAGCUGAGGUACAUGGCUUGGGAGCCCACGGGCUACUUUGACCGCUGGUUCGCCGCCGACGAGGUGGAACUUCGCCUGGCCCUGCAAAAGGCUUCAACCAACUUGGGGCAGGCGAAGGACGCAGCCCGCGCCGCGGGGCCGCGGCGCUGGCCGGAUGCGGGCGACCCGCAUCGGGGCCAAGUGCACAAUGGAUUGCUGCCGGAGCUCACCGCCACGGGCAGGCCCACGCUCAGCAGCGCCAGCCGGCACCAGCCGAGGACGACGAUCGACGUCCUGGAGCCCCUCCUGCACGAGUGGCGGAGGCGCUUCCUUCCGACCCUGCGCCUUCGCACAGCCUCCCCAAGGCUCCUCGUCUUCGACAGCAGUGGGCGACUUGCCCGCCAUCUUCAGGAGUCGUUGGACGACUUUGAGGUCGUCGCCGCGGACGACCGCACCGUACCCAAGCCCAAGCGCCACUCCCUAGGAUCCCUGCGCGAGAAGGCCCACUUCGAGGUCAAGGAGGACGCCCUGAAGACGUCCCCGCCAGCGCUCAAUGCUAAAGCGGAGGCUUUCGACGUCAUCCUGGUGCCUUUCGCGCUGCAGAGGCGAGAAAAACUCCUGAGAUGA